AUGGCGAGCAAUAAACCGUAUAAACCUGCGCUCAUUAUUGUCGACUUUCAAGAAGACUUCUGCCCGCCUUCCGGCUCCCUCGCCGUCCCUUCCGGCCGCACAAUAGCCUCCCCAAUAAACCACCUUACCACCCUCCCUUUCCCCCUCAUCCUCGCAACAAAAGACUUCCACCCACCCUCUCACAUAUCUUUCGCCUCAAACCACGCCUCCUCAACACCAUACACAUCAACUACAACAAUCCAGCACCCCAACGAUAUUUCCCAGAGCUACGAAACAACGUUAUGGCCAACACAUUGCGUCCAAGGCACCCCGGGCUGUGAGCUGGUCCCGGAGCUAGACGUCUCGCGUGUCCAUGCCGUUAUCGAAAAGGGGCAGGAUGAGCGGGUGGAGAUGUACAGUGCAUUUUAUGAUCCGUUUAGGGUGAGCGAUAGUGGACUCGCCGGCAUGUUGAGUGAGCAGGGUGUUACGGAUGUUUUCGUGGUAGGGCUGGCAGCGGACUUUUGCGUCAAAGCUACGGCCGAGGAUGCGCUGAAGGAGGGGUAUACGACGUGGAUUGUCAGCGAAGGGACAAAGCCAGUCAUGCUUGACAAGUGGGAGGAGUGCAAGAAAGACAUGGAGGACAAGGGUAUCAAGUUCACGUCCAUUGAUGGAGAGCCAGUGGCAAGGGUGAAGACAUAUGCAUGA